UGUGGUGGCUGUGGCUGUGGCUGUGGCUGUGGUGGCUGUGGCUGUGGUGGCUGUGGCUGUGGUGGCUGUGGUGGCUGUGGUGGCUGUGGUGGCUGUGGUGGCUGUGGUGGCUGUGGUGGCUGUGGCUGUGGCUGUGGUGGCUGUGGCUGUGGUGGUAGAUGCUGUGGCUGCUGUGGCUGCUGCCGUCGCUGCUGUGCGUGCUGCUCCCCCAUCAUCUACUGCUGCCGCCGCAGCUGCUGCAACUCCUGUGGUGGCUGUGGCUGUGGCUGUGGCUGUGGCAAGUGCUGUGGUUGUGGCAAGUGUUGCUGUCAGCAGAAGUGCUGCUGUCAGAAGCAAUGCUGCUGCUAA